GUCAUGUCAAAGACCAAUCAUAACUUAGAAAAAGUUAGACUGAUUCAAUUUUAUUUUCUAGAAAAACAAAACCGAUACGAUGCGCUAUAAAUAAAAAAUAAUAGUGUACUCUUCAUAGAAUUAGUGCUUUAGGAGAUAUUGCAGUAAUCAAUUUUCUUUCGCGUAGGUUCCAAAAUGCAUGUUUAGAUUAUACAAGUUAUUCUAAACGAGCAAAGAAAAAAAUAACAAAGGCUUCCAAAAACAUGUUAUGAAUGAACACAUAAAAAAUUCUUUGCUUCAUACUCAAGUUACAAGAAACAUGAAUGCAGGAAAUAUAUUUUACAUGCCACUAACUUCUUUUGCUGAAAUGUGGUACCAGAUAUUCUUGUGGGCAUUAUUUUCUUCUGUAUUUGUUCAUAUGAUAGCUGGUACAAUUUGUUUUGCCACUUUACGACAACAUAAAUAUGGAAAGUUUUUUCCGCUUCUUAUAAUAAUAAUGGGUAUAUUGCUACCAUUAACAUCAGGCGUAUUAAGUUCUGCUGCUGUUGCAUUUGUUUACCGAGCAUCAAGUCAUCAAAUGCCACCAUUAUAUGCAUUAGUAUGGGGGAUUGGACAGACAUUUGUUGCUGCUUGUGUUGGAUUCACUAGAAUCUUGGCAACUUUAUAAUAUAAAAUAUAAUUAGAUAGUAACAAAGGAUAAAAAUAACUGACGUAAUUGUGAAUCAAUUUUUAAUAUAUAAUUACAAUCUGUAUAAAUACGUAGCACAAAUUUAUAUUAUUAUGCGCUUCAGAUUUUUAUGUUUUUAUAUGAAUAUUAAUAUUAUCAGGAAUCACUUUUAUUUUUUCCAAUUUGUUUUUCAAUGCUUCUUGUGCUUCCAUUUUUUCAAUAUUUUCAGUAGAUGAUAUGCUACUUCUUACUAAAUCUGCAAAAUAAUGCGGUAAUUUUGUUAUAAAUAUUUAAACAUUAUGCUACCAACAUGUGUAUAAUUUUAAUUAAUGUACUGUCCAUAAAAUCUUAGAAUAAAAUUGUUAAUGUUAUGAUGAUACCCAAAUAUACUUUACUAUACUACUAUAUUACACAUAUAAAGCAUAGAUUUUUUAUAAAUUUAGAUAUUAAUACUGUAAAUACACACCACAGUAUUUGUUCAAUAAUUCUGCAGUUUCAGGUAUUAUAUACGACUGAAGAAAAGACAAAACCAUUGAAACAUGUCUUCCGGACAUAUGUAUAAUAUUUUGUGUUGCUGCUGUAAAAAGUAAACUUGUCACCAAAUUUAAUGCUAAUGCUGAAUCUUGUGUUAUUUUCAAUUCUUUUAAUAAAGCUUCUUUAUGAGUAAAAA